AUGGAAAGAGGUACUGAAAGCUUUGAUUAUCGGCAGCGGAUUUUUGUGCUUUUCCUGUCGCCAUUGGUGGGCGUGCCAAUCCUUUCCCUCGGCCAAGUGACUCCAGUCAACCGGGUUCUUUUGCAAGGGAUGGCGCUUUUCUGCGCAGUGCCCACUACAUUAUCCUCGGGCGUUGCCAUGGUGGGCUCGGCUAACGGGAAUGUGGCCCUUGCUUUGAUCCUCACAACUGUUACGAACCUCCUCGGAGUCUUCACCAUGCCAUGGUCAAUGUCCGUGAUCUUCAGUGGUGCCGAUGUGGAGAUCGAUGGGUUCAAAAUGCUAACGAGUCUUGUCAUCCAAACUCUUGUGCCGCUCGUGUUUGGGCUCGGUUUGCGGGCCCUUCAGCCCGUCGAAAAGUUUGCAAAAGACAAAAAGAAAAUCCUUGGUCGAUGCUCCAACUGUUGUAUUUUCUUUGUGGUCUGGCUGAACACCUCUGCGUCUCAAGACAAGAUCGUGCAUUUCCCAUUGCUUGAUCUGGGAGUGGUUGCACUGCUGGCAAUCACAGUGCACAUUAUUUAUCGUGUGUCGGCAUACCUCGUGGCAACUGCAUUCCAUUUCCCCAACAAGGAGUGGGUAGCGAUUGUAUUAAUGUGCAGCCAGAAGUCAUUGCCUGUCUGUGUGUCUGUCAUGGCUGCGUUGCCCAGAGAGCUUCAAUACAGCACUGGCACCAUGAUCGUGCCUUGCAUCAUGUCCCAUUUCUCGCAGCUUAUGAUCGACGGCUUCCUGGCGGAUCGUUGGAAACUGGAUGAAGCGGGCGAGUUUGAAUACUUUAAGAAGGACUAUAAGCCUCUAGCAGGCGGCGCAUAG